AUUUGCCCUUAAAAACUUCAGAACAUACAAAAUGUCUUAAAUGUGGACAAGUAAUAACAAAAGCUGUUAGAAGAUCGGGAGGAAAACUUAAAUAUAAACCUUUAGCAAUUUAUCCUUACCAAUCUAUUAUCACGAGAAUUGCGUCAAUAUUAGCAGAUGAAUCUAAUGAAAAAUUAAUGGAUUCACCAUUUAAACGACAAGUUGAAAAAGGAGUAUUAGGUGAUAUCUACGACGGGAAAGUUUGGAAAAAAUUUUUAGAUGAACAAGGACAACCUUUUUUUGUAGGAAAUAGUACUGAUGUUCGAAUUGGAUUAGCUUUUAACCUUGACUGGUACACUCCAUAUAGUCAUGUUAAACGAAGUUGUGCACCAAUAUACAUGACAAUUCUUAAUUUUCCAAGGCAUAUAAGAUAUCGAAGUGAAAAUCUCAUUCUCGUCGGCAUUAUACCCGGCCCAAAGGAACCGGAUACAAAUCAAUUGCAAAAUUAUCUUCAGCCUAUGGUAAAUGAGUUAAAGCAACUUUGGAGUGGCCAACUAUUUAAAAUCGCUCAAUACCCAAUUGGGCGUAUGUUUCAUUGUGCAUUAAUUCAAAUCACAUGUGAUAUACCAGCUGCGCGCAAG